UCGCAAACUCGACGAUGGCGGGCGCGGAACCAGCACACGUGCUUGACCACGUCUACCUCGGGAGCCGUAGCCAUGCCAAGGACAGGGACACGCUGCUCAAGCUCGGCAUCACACACAUCCUCAACGUCACACCGGCGCGCUCGGUGGACCCGGUCGCGGGCGUGCCAAACUUUUUUGAGAACGACACGCGCUUCACCUACCGCCGAUGCGCGCUAUACGACAACAAGGGCGAGGACAUCUUGACGUCGAUCGAAGGCUGUCUGGCCUUUCUCGACCAAGCCCAAUUUUACGGCAAGGUGCUCGUGCACUGCAAGCAGGGCGUGAGUCGGUCAGCGUCCAUCGUCGUCGCCUACGUGAUGCGAACCAAGGAGCUGUCGCGCGACGAAGCCCUCGCCUUUGUACAAGCCCGUCGCCCCGAGGCCCAGCCAAACGGCAGCUUUCUCAAGCAGCUUCUUCAGUACGAAGUGCGCCUCAAGCAGAGAGCGGCGGCGAAGGCGACGCCCACCUCAAAGGAGCGUCCGGCCUCGCCACAAGCAGCGAUUGGUCCAGCUCUCCCACCGCACUUGCGCAAGCCAGCUCCCAAAGCUGCAACAUGCAUGGGGCCACAGCUGCCUUCCAAACGCAAGAUGAGCAACGACAACGAGAUCCCGUCGCUGAAACGCACCAAGCAGGAUACGACACCAGGUUCCCCGACUCGUACGCCGUGACAGCAAGGGCAUAAAUACCCUUGAUAACCGCGGUGAUGGGUGUCGCUCUCGACAGAGUCAAGUUUUCGGACGCAUGCCAUGCGCCAACGCGAGAUAAGUCGGAUAAAAGUUAGUUGUCGUCGGC